AAUUAUUGAGAUGACUUUUGCCUCCUUUUAAAAAAAUAAAAAAAAAUUGGAAUCAAAAAUCGCUACGAAUCCAAAACUGCCAACCUUCUUCGCCCCGUCGCCCCAGUCUCCUAAGAAAACAAGGGUUCCUCGUUCCGCCGCCGGCUAUCCAAGGUUCUCCUCUGCCUUCUUAUCCUCUUGCCUUGUUUCUUGAAGGUGUUUUCCUCUCUCGUGUUCCCUUCCGUCCCCCGUCCCUCCUCACCAUUAUCCGUUCUGAUCUGUUCUUGGGAUCUUGAUCGCACUUCGCACAGAGGAUACGAUGCCAUCCGAAAUCAGCAAGACGGCGUCGAGGUGCACCGUGGAGAGGGCGAGGGGCACACACACGUUCGAGAUCGUGGGGUACGAGGACAUCAAGACCGGCGAUCCCGUCCAGUCGGCCACCUUAGCCGUCGGCGGCUACGACUGGGCCCUCGGCUUCUAUCGCGACGGGCGCAAGGAUUAUUCCGGACAGUGCGGGCUAGUCUUUCUCAGGCUCAUGAACAACAAAGCCGAGGUACGGGGCGUCUAUGACCUCAGCUGGGAGAUCCAGACCGACGUCGGGGAGCACUUCGGGGAAAGCGGCGCCAGCGGGAGGCAGACCGGCGAAGCGAAGUCCGAGAGCGAAAGGUGGAGAAGCGCGUCUCCAGGAGUGGGCAUCCGAGGGGCAGCCCGUGCCGGAGGGCGACGGCGCAAGAUCGCGGGAGUUGGAGGUGAAACUUUCUCUGCACACAAGAUUGUCCUCGCAACGCGCUCCCCUGUCUUCAAGGCAGAGCUUUAUGGGCAGAUGAAGGAGAGGACGGCGUCGCGGGUGACCAUCCAAGACAUGCAGCCUGCUGUUUUCAAGGCCUUCUUGCAUUUCAUCUACACUGAUUCGUUGCCUGCUGACAUGUAUGAUCCUGAUGCUGCUGAUGGUGACAGCGAAAUGAUCCGGCAUUUGCUUGUGGCUGCAGAUAGAUAUGCCAUGGACAGGCUCAAGUUGGUGUGCCAGAGCUUCCUCUGUGAGUACUAUGUUGACGCCGAGACCGUAGCAACUACAUUGGCUUUGGCCGAUCAGCACAACUGCGACAAGCUUAAGGAUGCUUGCAUUGAGUUCAUUGCCUCUUCAGAGGAUGCCGUGGUUGCAACCAAAGGUUAUGCGAGUCUCAAAAGAACUUGUCCUUCCCUCUUGAUAGACGCGUUAGAGAAGGCACAUAAGUUUCGCAAAACGUAG